AUGUCCUCUCUAGUUGACGACGUGAAGGCUGCCUACACCAAUGAUUUCCCUGGGGCCUCACCAAAGGUAGUAGUCAGGUCUCCAGGCCGAGUAAAUCUAAUAGGGGAACAUGUAGAUUAUAAUGGCUUCGGCGUACUACCAUGUGCUAUUGAAAAGUAUACGGUCAUAGCUGCUGGUCUCUCACAAGAAGGGGCCUCUGAUCUCCUAUCACUAAGGCACACCAAUGAGGAGGAGUUCACUCCUAAGGUCAUCACUGCCUUACCGAACACUACUCCCAUACCGGUCCACCAUUGGACCAACUAUAUCUUGGCAGCUUACAUGGGCCUCCGUGAGAGGCUUGGUCCUGAGGCCUUGCCCACUGGGAGGUCCAUCCAGAUGGUGGUCACUGGUGACCUACCUCGUGCCGCCGGUGUCUCGUCAAGCUCAUCUCUGGUCGUGGCAGCGGUUCUGAGUAUCCUAGGGGUCUUUGGUCUCGAGAAUAACCUCACUAGAUUGGAGCUGGCCAGCGUGUGUGCUUCGUGUGAGAGAUUCGUCGGUACAGCUGGUGGUGGAAUGGACCAGGCAGCCAUCCUCCUAUCCAAGAGAGAUUCUGCAACCCACAUUACCUUCACACCAGUCCUCAAGGCUGAGCCCGUUCCUCUACCCCAAGGCUCGCAGUUCAUAGUUGCCAACUCCCUCGUGUCUAGUGCUAAGGCUGAGACUGCCCCCUUCAGAUACAACAAGCGCGUGUUUGAGUGUCGUAUUGCGGCGUAUAUGGUCCACAUAGGCCUUGGCCUAGAGGAGAGGCUUAUUAGGGAUAUCUGUACCUAUACCUUCGCUGACCUCAUGAACAAUGCUGGUAUUACUGACCUAUUGCAAAUGUUAACUAAGUGUGAGAGUAUAUUACCAAAGGGCCCCCAAACCCGUGAUCAAAUAUCGGCAGUAGUGCCACAGUCUGUUAUAGACCGUCUUUUGGACCAUCGUUGCGGACGAUCAGUGUGGGAUCUCAAUGAUGACUUCCACCUGCUAGAUAGGACCCGUCAUGUAUACACUGAGGCCAACAGGGUUCUCACAUUUGCUGCUGGGGGUAAGUCACUAGUUGAUCUUGGUCUCAUGUUAACGGCUAGCCACAAGUCCUGUUCGGGUGACUACGACUGUUCUUGCAGUGAGCUGGAUGACUUGGUCAAUUGCUUCUUGAAAGCGGGCGCGGUCGGGGCUCGGCUCACUGGUGCUGGUUGGGGUGGCUGUGUAGUCGCUAUGAUCCGUGAAGGGGAAAGUGAGAAGGUCAUGACUGCAGUGAGGGAGUCUUACUAUGAUAAGAGAGGUCUUGCUGGUACUGAUGAUGUGAUGUUUGCCUUUGAUCCUGCCGAUGGUGCCCGGAUUUUUUAUCUACCCCAAGCCUAG